UUUAAAGUACUUCUCCCCUUGGGGCACCCCUUUUUCAAUGACCUGUUUGAUCAAACCAUGAUACAUGUAUGUGCACAAUGGGAGAUCAUGCAGCUUCCACCAGAAGAUAGACAGUUCAGGGUCACAAAUGAAGUUGGAUGGACGGGCAUAAAUAGGAACAGAAAAGUACAGUCCUAAUGACAAAUCAUCACAUUUGCCUGUUAUUCCUACCUUUCAACUUUUCCGAGAAUGACGUGAUGACUUUAGUAUUCUAAUCAUGGAAGAGAGAACCCCAGGGGACGAGGAAAAGGGUCCUGUUAGGAAACGACCGAGGAUAGAUGCUGAUAAUGACAGUUCUACGGACCUGGAAGACAAUGAACUUGGAUACUCAGAUCAAACAGGGAUCACCAACCAGGAGAGGGAGAGCUCAGAUCCGUUUCCUGAUUUAACAAAGGACCAGCGUGUCGUUCUCUACACCUUGUUAUUGUGUGUUGAUGAUGACAGUGAUGUCGUUUUGGAUGAUGACGUCACUAUGGGUGACAUUGAUGUCAGGAGGACACUGACUGAGUUGGAGGAGAAAGGACUGGUGACACGUGACAGUUACAUUUUCCACAUUCGGCGAGAUACAAAAAUAAUGAAAUCUUACGGAGAAAAUUGUCUGCUGAGUGACAUAGACAAAGACUUCUACAUGCAGGUCGCUUCAGAUUAUUCCCUAUGUAUGUAUACAUUAGAGUAUCUCAGUGAGGAUACUGACAUAGAACAGCCUGUGGACACCCCUAUAACGGUGAUGAGACUGAUUGUGGAGGGAAGGAUGUACGAUGUUAUUGCCAUUAUUCUGUCGUAUGGAGUUUACACAGGUUUCGAUGUUGGACCGGUCCUUGAGGGCUUCGCUGAUAACGAGUUUCAGACUUUUAUACAAGAAUGGUGUAGGGUGAAGAACCUAGACCCUAUAGCAUGGGCAGAUGGAAUUUCAUACGGGGAAGCUGUGAGAUUUGUAUCAGCAUAUUCAAUCCUAGGAAGAUUUGAGAAAGGAUUCACAGAAUUGGUAUCUGACCAGAAGAAGUGGAGCAUACUAGUUUCCAUUUUGAUGUCUGAUAACUAUAGCAUCAGAGUAAAUACCUUGUGCGAGGAGAAACACAGACAAAUCCUAGGGGCGUUUCCUUCUUUAAGGGAAUUAAACCAUGAUAUGAGAACAACUGAAGCUAUUGACUUGAUUAAAGAUAUGGUGUACAACGACAAGGUGUUAACAAUGAAUGGAGAUGGUAGUAGUGGGACUGUGGGGUUUGUAUCGGAUAAUGUCCGCCAUCAGGUGAUGGGUUACUUUGUUCUGAAUUGUCUGAAGACUGACGAGGACUAUAAGAACUACCUCAAUCUGUCGUCUGUGAACUCGUUAUUGGAAUACGUCCGUACUUGGUGGCAUGAUCCAGAUAAUGGGGAGAGAUGCUUGUAUAUACCGAAAAGGAUGGAGGAGUUGCUUAUCACACAACUGGGGAUAGACGUAAUACGACACGUCAUGGUGGAGGAGAGAGAGGACAAAGACGGUGAUAAUGAACGAUUCAUUAGAGUAAGAGAGAUGGUGUCUAAAAGACUGAAAGUACCUCAGGAAAUCCUUGACUGGGAUUAUGCUGCGCGAAGCAGAUACGCAGAAUGUGUCAAGAAAGGAACUCAAACAUUCCACAGAGCUCGUGCAAUGAUAGUUGGAUGCGCAGGGGCUGGGAAAUCUACUCUGCUUAAACGUCUACAGAAACGUAGUCUGGACGAAUUGAAACAGGUCCAGUCUACAGUAGGACUAGAAGUACAUGAAGACAUAUUUGAGAUUACUCCGGAAUCUGAUUGUUUAAAGGAUCUACCAGUUGACACAGAUAAAGAGGGGAAACAACUCUUGAGCGUUGUGGACUUUGGUGGACAAUGCGCCUAUUACGCGUGUCACCAGGUCUACCUAAGUAGAAGAGCCUUAUAUCUUCUUGUUCUCAACAUGUCUAAGAAAUUUGAUGAGAAAGUUGACCCCUCACUCUGUGAACAGGAAGGGACCAUGUUUACUGACUGGUCGUAUGGCGAAUACCUGUUGUUUUGGUUGAAGUCAGUACAUACCUACUGUGGCAAUGACGCGCCCGUUAUUAUUGUCGGAACACAUCUAGACCAAGCCGUAGGACAGAACUCCAACAUGUUGUACAACAGCAUACUGGAUUACCUCCAAUUCGACAAGCACUUAAAGAUUCACCUUGAUAGAAAACGCUGCUUCGUUCUAGGUUUUAAGUCGGAUGGUUCAUCAUUCCAGGACACGCUAUCCGACCUAGAGAAGUGUAUGGUUUCAAUUGCUAAACAAGAUAGAUGGAGGGAAACUAUUCCUACAGACUGGGCACUGUCUGAAGUUGUACUCCGAGAACUCAGAGGACGGAGAAAAAGAAUGACAUCGGUUACAGAACUCUCGAAAAGUUGUUUUGGGGAAAACAAAGACAAAUACACACAAAUCAGAGAUAUUCUGAAGUUUUACCAUGAGAUAGGCCUUAUACUACACUUUGACGAGGAUUCUCUUGCCGAAACUGUCAUCAUUGACAUCCAGUGGUUUGUCGAUUCCUUUAAGAACAUAAUAACCGAUCCAAACCAUGUCAGGGAUAUUGUUGAUAACAACCACGAUUGGUGUUCUUUUUACAAAACUGGUCAUAUAUUAGACAGACUAUUGACCGACAUUUGGAGAAGACCUGAAUUUGGAGAAGACUACUGGGAAAGGAAUCAAUACAAAGCUAGCUUGUUGCAAUACAUGCAACGACUUGGUCUCAUCGCUGUUGGUACCUACGCACAUUAUAUCCCCUGUAUGAACAAGCUGACCUUUGGUAUGCAGGAAGAGAAUUGUUUUAAGUCUAUCCAAAAUAAAACAUCGGUAUUGGUCUUUCGAUUUCACUUCUUGCCAUAUUUCUUUUAUUUCCGUCUGAUCGUUGCUUGUUUGACGAAAACCAAUGGAGAAUGGGAAGUUUUGAAAGACAAUGGGCCUCGUUUGUAUAAAAGCGUAGCUUGUUUUGUCUAUAAACGACAUGUAAUAGCUCUCGCUGUGAACAAUUAUUCAAUUCAGCUUCAGGUUUUUCAACCCAACAAAGAUUUAAUCAGGAAAGAUGUCACUCUAGAAAUCCGUGACAAUAUUGAAAGGUUACUGAAUGGUCUGACCAGAAACUUUCACACGAAAAUCAUGUACACUGUAGGAUAUCAGUGUUCAGAGCAGGAAGUGUUUCGUGAACAAGAUGACUGUUUUGUUGAAGAGAGAGAAAUUCAUGGGAAAGGAAAAAUUACUUGCCCAAAACACGGACUGAUUAAUCAUCAUAUCCUCAGGGAAUCCGCUCUUUUGGUCUAUUGGAAGCAGGAUGUCCUAGCCGAGGUAACAAAUUUGGAUGGUCUUAUUGACCAAGAUGAGUGCAUUAAUCUGUCCGAGCCGGAGUUAAGGAAAUUCAAUUUCAAGACUUUUGACGAACUCACAAAGAUUGGACGAGACGCACUCCAAGUUUACUUUGACGUCAUAUUUCCACCAAUGAACCUAUCCAUUGUACUCAACAAGAACAAGCGUAAUCUACAAUCCAAGCUUAAUGCAGAUCAAUUCAAUGUCUUAUUUCCAGCUGAUGGAUCGAAGUCCUCCUCAGCUGCCUUUGAUGUGACCCUGAUGUAUACAUUGUUGAGGAACUUCGGACCAUAUCUUCCAGAACCGACCAAGGGCUGGGGGAAGAAACCCGACAUUGGAGAUAAACUUCCUACGGAUGACGUGGAGAGAAUCCGGUUCUACAGGAAUGAGGUGGACCAUAAAACACCGACAACCAGAGUCAUGGAGAAGGAUGACUUUAAACUCAAAUGGGAGGACCUAUCUCAGGCAAUACUAAGACUGAGUAAUGAUUCUCUGAAGAAAGACAUCAUGACACUGAGACAACAACGAUAAGAGCACACAUGAUCAAAUAUGCAGUUCAGAAUCAUGAGUUUGGAUUCUUGAAAGAAUUUCCGUGGUAACAGUGUGUGCACAUCAAUUGUAUGCGUUUCUUUAAUGAGAUGUGCCUCUCAUUUUGUCGGGAAAUACUAUACAUGCAGGUUAUUUUACCAUGAUAUGAACAUAAAGUCAUACAUGUAUACAUAUGCAUGUGCUGAUUGAUGAAAAUAGUUAAAUAUUAUAUAUAUGAAUUUACUGAACAUUAUGUAUGUAAAAUAACCGCUAAACAUAGACACACAUGUGUUUGAAAAGAUAUGUAUGAACUACUGUAUAGCAGGAAAUGAAAUCGCGGAGUUAAUUUUUGCUAUAUUCGCUGAAACAAAAUUUCCGCGAAUUUAACAUUUAGUGAAUUAAUAUUUCAUAUUGAUACGAAAUUGGGUUCAGGAUAAUAAGCUUUGUUUUUCCGCGAAUUAAACCGACCGCGAUUUGUUGCUAAAUAAAAAAAAUCGCGAUUUUUGCUGACCGUGUUAUUAAUCUGCUAUACAGUAUAUUAUUUAGAUGUAUGAUUACACAGUCGCAUUACACACGUAGUGUAUGUUGUAUGUGCAGCUCUAUAUACAGCAAGUACAAAUGAAAUGUCAGCUUGUAAGUGUCAUUUUCUAUUUUGUGAAAACGUAUGUUCGGCAUUAACUAAUAUUUCACAAGAAGGACAAUAAUGAGAAUUAUUGCAUAGAAAAUUAAAGAGAGAUAGAAAUAUUCGACAAGGAAAUUUAAUCAUAGCCAAGUCGAGUAUACAUAUAUGCUGUAAGAUUCUGGGAAAUACAGAUCAUGACUACAACAAAACCCAUGACAAUAGACAAAUGUUAUUCGGUUUUAUCAUCUGAUCAUAAUAAAGAUGUACAUAUGUAAUCAAAUAUGAUUUCAUGAAAUCUCAUAAUAUUGUUAUUAGCUGUAUUAUCUUUACUUCGAAAUAGUGGAAGAUUUUCUAGGGAAAUGUUGUGUUAUUCUUUACUUCAUCAGGAGGGUGAUUAUAUACAUAAAUUACUAUAGGACAAGUGUAAUAUUGCAAUGUUUGUUUAUACACCUACACUUUAAAGGGGCGGAUCAAGGAAUCGCGGUUAGGGGCAAACUUUAUGAGACAGGGGGUGGGGGGGGGAGGGGCGCAUUCGGUGGGUCCAGGUUGAAGGCCUUGUGGUAACCUAGGGGGUGAGACCCCCAAAAGGUCCUAAAUAUUGCAGAUUUUAUACAGCUAGAAAUAUGUCUCCUGUAUAGUCAUUUUUAUAAGUUUCUGUCAUUUUUCAUAUGGUGCAAUUAAUCAAAUGAUGCAAAUUUUAAAAGGUUUUGGGGAAAAUGUAAAUUCUUCCAAUAAAAGUGAUUCCAUAAA